UUUGACAUCGGAAUGGAGAUGCAAUCGCCGCAAGAGUCAGCGGCCUCGAUUGCUCUUUUCUAUUCCAAGUCCAUGGUUCGAGGGAGGUUGAAGUUCCUCCAUCUCAAAGACGUGCAUGCCUCGACAAGUUCGUUUCGCUCGCUUCCUCCAUUUUCUCUUAAAGCUGGAACUUUGUCUGCCUGCAACACCCGUGCCUUCGUCAACGCCACUGACUCCUCAUCUGGUCUCCGGAUUCUUUUUGGUGCGAGAACUUUAGGUGCGAAAUUUGGAGAGUCACUGGAAGAUCAGAUCAUGGCCAUGAUUUUAACUGCUUUCAUUCCUCAAGUCAUUCAAGUGUUAGAUGGAAUCACCAAACAAGAGGAAAUUUUACUCUUGGGCGUGGCUGAUGAGGUUAAAGGUCUGGUAAGGAGGCUAGAGGAGCUAAGGAACAUUCUCCAGGAUGCUGAACGCAGGAGCUAUAAUGAAAAGGAGAUACAAUGGUGGUUAACCAAGCUACGAGAUAUUAUAUAUGACAUAGAUGAUAUGAUUGAUCAAUGCAAAAUUGAGGGGGAGAGUCACAAGAGAUUGUUGGAGCAGCAAGCUCAAUCAUUUAGGUUGCGCAUUAGCACUAAGUGUUCUGUGUCACUAUUUUCUUUCUUCAAUCGUUCUUUCCACCACGAGCUUGCUGAAAGAAUCAAGAAGCUAAGUUCUAGGCUAGAUCAAGUAACUAAAGAGGCUUCAAAGUUCCAAUUAAUAUCAUCCAUCCAUGGAUAUGAAGUUAGCCUGACAAACAAAUGUAUUGUUAGAGCAAUGGAUCCUGAAAGUGUAGAAUUUAAGUUCAAGAAGAAUGCAGAAUCUAUGUUUAAGCUACUGACUAUGGAGGAGCGGAUGAAUCUCUUGGUGAUUACUGGUGUUGGAGGGAUAGGAAAGACCAGGCUAGCUCAAAAGAUCUAUUACGAUGAGAGAACAAAAGCUCACUUCCAAGUUAGAAUAUGGAUAUGUGUCACUCAGCAAACCACAUUUAUCGACAUGCUGAAGCAGAUAAUCACUGGUGCAGGGCAAACCUAUGGCGAAGCUCAAACAAGUGAACAACUAGAAAUCGAACUGAAGAGGGUCUUAGAGCAUAAGAAGUUUUUAUUGGUUCUGGAUGAUGUUUGGAGCAUACAAAUUUGUAAUGACUUACUGCAAAGAUCAUCGCAGAACAUAGUUUCUGGUAGUAGGGUUCUGAUUACUACAAGAAACGAAACUCUUGCAAGAGAACUUCCUGGAGCACAUCUUCAUAGAAUGAAACCUCUGUCAACCAAAGAAGGAUGGUCAAUGCUCCGCAAGGAGCUGUAUCAGGAAGAUCAUGUUCAGGAGCUGAAUAUCAUCGGUAUCAAGAUUGUGAGGAAAUGCAAAGGUUUUCCUCUAGCUAUCCGCGUAAUUGCAGGAGUCCUUAGAACCAGAGGGUGGAGCUCUGAAGAAUGGGAGAAGGUUUUCCUUGAUCCAGCAUGGUCAUCAUUUGAUCUUCCAAAUGAUGUUACAAGAGCUCUAUAUUUGGCCUACAAGGACCUACCAGCUAAUUUAAGACAAUGUCUUGUCUAUUGCUCCUUAUUUCCAGAGGAUCAUUUGUUUGAUCAACAAUCCAUCACCAAGUAUUGGAUAGCUGAGAGACUGGUAGAAGAAAAAGAAAGAUCAACAAUUGAAGACACAGCUGAAGGCUAUUAUAAAGAGUUGAUUUGGAGGAACCUCUUGGAACGAGAUUUUGGUCAGCAAGAUGCUCAUAAGAUGCAUGGGCUUCUUCGCUUUCUUGCUCAUUUUUUGGCAGGAGAGGAGAACUUGUUUGGAAAUCUUGAUCUAAUGGAUGCAACCUCAACAAAGCCUCGACGCCUAUCAAUUGUGGCUAAGGGGCUUAUGGCAAUCCCAACAGAACUAAAAGAGCAAAAUUCUUUGAGAACAUUGUUGCUUUUUAGGAAUCCUUUAUCAGGGAAAAUUCUUGAUGAUUUUCUUCAAGGACUAAACCACCUGCGUGUCUUAGAUAUUCAUGGCACCGAUGUUGAUAGCUUACCAGAUUGCAUUGGAGAUCUUAUACAUUUGAGGCACCUAAAUGUUUCUUCUACAAGAUUAAAACAGCUCCCUGACAGUAUAGAACGACUCAUAAAUUUACAGUUCUUGUCUGUACGAGGUUGUGAAUCAAUGACAGCGCUGCCUCAAUAUCUGGUGAAGUUGCAAAGCUUAAGGAGUUUGGAUCUUGUAGGUACUCAGGUCAAUUGGUUGCCUGUUGGUGUUGGUAAACUUGAAAAUCUUAGCUCACUUUUAGGAUUUCUUGUGGAUUCUGGCAGUGAAGGUAUUUUGAUGUCUACACUAGAUGAUCUGGGACCUCUGACAAUGCUCAAGUAUCUUCUGUUACAGAAAUUGGAGAGAGUAUGCAAUGGUGCAGAAUCAGCUAGAGCAAACUUGAGAAGAAAGAAGUAUCUCAAGAACUUAAGCAUGCAUUGGUCACUUAAUAUUGCAGAUGCUCAACUACUUGAAGUGGACAAAUUCGAGGAGGUGCUCGAGGCGCUAUGCCCUUCAUCAAGCCUGGAAGAGCUUGAAAUUAUGGGAUACCCUGGUCUUAAUCUUCCCAGUUGGAUUUCCACAGUGAAAAAACUUACUAAAUUGGUUCUUCACAGGUGUUCAUCAAUCCAACAACUUCCACAACUAGGCCACCUUCCACACUUGAGUUCUCUUUAUAUAUCAGCUGCCACCGCUGUCACUAAAAUUGGCACAGAAUUCUUUGGCUUGGAUGCAUGGCCUCCAUUCCCAAAGCUCAAUACUUUGGUCAUGGAGGAUAUGAUCAACUGGGAAGAUUGGCAAUGGCAGUUUGAAGAUGGUGAAGCUUUACCCUGUCUAAGAGAACUGCAGCUUGUCAACUGCUAUAAGUUACCAUCUCUUCCUGAUGGCCUGCAGCAUGCCACAGCCUUAACUGUUUUGGCGAUGGAUGGUGCUAAUCGACUUAUGAAGAUCGAGAACCUUUCUACCAUCAGAAAAUUGUCAGUGUCUAGCAGCUUCAAUCUUGUUGAGAUAUCCAAUCUUUCUUCACUUGAAAAUCUCAAAGUCAGCAACUGCCCAUCUUUGAAGAAGUUUGAACAUUUGGUUCUUCUGCAACAACUAAAUGUGAUAGAUGAAUCAAUGAAUAACCUCCCAGAGGGCUUAGGAGAAUAUGCAACCAAAGAUCUUCGAUGGCUGGAAUUGGAAUGCAAUGAAGGUAUGUUCAAGAGUUGUCAUCAUGGUGGCUCAGAGUGGCAUAAGUUACAGCACAUUCCGGAUGUACAUAUCCACAGCAAAGAUCGAUAUAUGUACUUCUCCUACGGCAAGUCGUUACAAUAUUGUGAAGAAGCAACUGGUUCGGAGUCCAAUUUGGCCAUUGUUCCUGUUGUUUCUAACACCCCUUUAACCAAUACGUCCCCUGUGACCAUUCCAAACACUGAUAUGGUUACAAAUCAAGAACACUUUUGUUUCUCCCCUCAAAACCUUCUACUCAUCCUUUUACCUCUUUGCAUUAUGCGUGACACGUUUGGUUCCCUCAGCUCUGUUGUUAGUGCAGCCUAUAAACUGUUUGAUAUGUUAGUCAAUGUUGCCAAUUACAUGGAUGCUUCCAUAGGUGCAGUUGUUGAACCUGGUGUAGACUUUCUAUUUUCUUCCUUUUCAUUCAGCUCCAUCGUUGUUCUCUCAUGGCUCAUUGCUUCAUAUGGUGAUGAUAAGAUACAAAGGCAGUCAAGAGAUAGGGAGAAAAAGGCAUCAAAAGAUGAUGCCAUGCCAUUAGCUAGCAUCGAGGUGAAGGCCAUGGCAGUGGCACCAUGCCACUGCCAUACUUGCAGGCACAGGCUGACAGCUCGCAGUUUGAAGGCAUUUGGUGCUGACUGUCAAGUUUCCCUCCUCCAUGCUGCAGGUCCGUGA